ACGAAAUUGCAUCGCGUCUCGUUUCGCUCCCGUUUUUUUUGUACUUUCACGCGUUUUUUUUUGCACUGCUUUGAUAAGAAAGUGCUGAUUACUGUGAAAAGAGGUUUCAAAUUUCUACAUUGUAGCAGAAACCUGAAACUACAUCGAGCAUGGCUGGCUUGGAUGAAGAGUAUGAUCAGAUGCAGCGCGACUACUGUGACCCGCUAUUGAAUCGUUACGAUCGUGGACCCGGCGCUGAUUUGGACGACCGGCAGCAACCGGGUGCAUUAGCAGCCGCGGCAGCCAGAACUACUAGUUCCGUUGGUGGCGAAGGCAGUGGAAUGGCUUUCAAUUAUCCACCAGCCGUACGGAUUCAUUUGAAAAACACGCAGGACUUGACAGCAGAUGGUCUAAUACAGCUCUGUCGUCCUUAUGGAACCGUGGUCAGUGUACAUAAGCCAAAGGAUAACGCCAAUUAUGCGUUCGUGGAGUUUGCUAAUCAAAGUGAGGCGGGUUUGGCUAUCCAGGAACUGAACCGUAAGUUGGGUUUUCAAUUUUAUCCUACCUUCGCUCACGAGAAAAAGUCGUUACCCAUGGAAGCGGAAAGCUUUCCAGCACCUCCACCGCCAUUCGAGUCGGCGCCGGGCGAACGGCUGAUACCAAGACUAGAGAACAACGGGCAGGAGGAUAACUGGGAAACCACACUGGCACAGCGUAGAAUCAAAACGGGCUUUUCGAUUCCGCUGAAAAUUCGCUUCCCCGCGAAGCAAGAUUUAGCGACUGCUAGUCACUAUUCGGGAAAGUUGUCCGCACUGACCAGUGUGGAUACCGAUCAGAUAUUCAGCAUUGUAACGUUGCUGAGAAGCGAAAGCGUUUCACAUAAAACGUUGGAUGCCAACAUCAAGGAUCGCAUCAACAGCUUAGUUCAGAGGGCUGCCGUUAAACAGGUUACAUUGAUUGAAAAUUCCACUAAUCGGCCGGUGUACGGUUACAGAGGUUUAUCGGAGGAACAAAGGCUUCUGUUUCCGGAGACACGAUGUGUUGCAUGCGGUCAGCGAGGAUUCUUUAAAUGUACCAUUUGCGAAUCCCCAUACUGUUCAGCACACUGUCAACGAGAGGACUACAAAAAGCACAAAGAUGUUUGUCAUUUGAAAGGCUGGAAGCAACGGUCUCCGUUACUGAACAAAACUAAUAAAGGUUGCUUCGAAGAGCUGGAUGGUCUAUCCCAGGAAAAGUUUCCCAAAGGUUCUCACGUCUCUAUCCUGUCCGUGCUCACCCCGGAACGUGUAUUCGUUAGAUCUUUGGAAAAGGAAAGUAAUAUCGCAUAUUUGCAAACACUGAGCGAUGUAGCUAAAGCUGGACUCAGUGCAGAAAAGUUGUACGAUGUUUCAGAAGCUGGUGACAUAUGUUUAGCUCUGUAUCAACCUCUUAAUAUCUACGCUCGCGUUUUGAUCACUAAGGUUUCUAAGAAGCAAGCCCACUGUGUUUUCAUAGAAUUCGGAUUGGUUGAGCUUGUAAAUAUUGACGAUUUGAAACAGCUCAAAGACGAAAAGCUUAAACUGAGAAAAGUUUGCGUACACAAAGUGCACCUGAAAGGAAUAACCGAAGAGUAUGGUCAUAUUGAAAAAGCAAUGUCCUAUCUGAACAGCCUCAUAAACAAACCACUGGAAAUGAAAGCCCAACUUGAAGGCAGCCGUAAUCUAGUUGACGCUCAGCUUCGAACUGUCGAAGGCAUUAGCGUCAACAAACAAAUUAACCAGCUUAUAAUAAUACCGGUGGUAAAAGUGGUCGAAAACAUUGAUUCCUUCAUCGACUACAAAAAAAUACCUCAUAAAAAACUACCCCUAAGCACCAAAAUGGACAUUAUGAUCUUGAAUCGUACCACCAUCAAGCUAGAUUUUCGUGUAACCCUUAUCGCGUGUCAGGACCUUCCAUAUCUUCAAGACCUUCAACAGAAACUGCAAAGUUACGGUAAAAAAGUGGAACAGUUCACUGAACAUUACACUCCUCGGCUAAACGAACUAUGCCUGAUACGAAACAUGGGCACCUGGUAUCGAGGUGUCUGUUUGGAAUCGGUCGGUGACGGUCGGCCUUCCGUAUUCCUGUGCGAUUAUGGCUGCUUGCUAAUGGCAAAACUGGAGGAUAUUCGAAAAAUACCACCCAGUUUGGCGGUGGAAGUACGUACUACCGAUGCGAAGGUGUUCAGACUGGAGGAAGCUGAAAAGGCUGGGGUUAAAAUUGAUUCAGAAUUCCUAGAUAUCUACCUGGAGGAAAACGAACCAAUGACAGUGGAGAUAAGUGAGGAAACUGAAUUUAAAGAGUUUGGCGAUACACUGUCGAAGGAAGACACAACGAUGCUUUCGGUAAUUAAGGUGCCGGAUUUGAUUGAGUUUAUCGAUGACCGGCUCAUUAUAAAUCAUAAUAAAACUCAAUCUAUAUUCUGAUGGAAAAUAACCAACCUCCUGGCAAGGCUAUGGCGAUGUACAGGCUUUUAAGUAGUCAACAUCAGAGAUACCAGAAAUAUUUUUCAAAUGUUUUCACAUUUUAUAAAAAAAAUGUCUUCCUUUGUCUUCAACGACCAGGAUUCUGAAUCGGUUAUAGAUUGUCAGAAAUCCAAAAAAAUACCUUCAAAAUGAAAAAUUGUCACAUUUGAAAUGUCUUCAAAAUGUCUGCAAAUCUGGCAACGCUGGCCAACACAUUAACCUUUCUAUUCCUGUUAAAAAAGAAAUGGUGCCAAAUUAUUUCGUGAGGAAAUCAAAAAAAAAAGCGCUGCAAAAACCGUUUGAGGAUUGUUUUGAUUUUUACAAAAGGCGAUCUUGGCCAGGAAAAAUGGCCGCCUGACAGGACCCUGAAAAUGACGAAUUAAUAGAAUUUAUACUUUUGUUUGUAAUUUCAUUUUUAGUAUUAAUUUAAGAUAUACGUAAUUUAAAUAUUCUUGAAAUAAAUCCUUUUUUAAUGUA